AUGCAUUCGCAAUUGGUAAAUCCUAUUGAUUCUGAAGAUUACCAGAGUAUUACCAUCACCUACUCCUACUCCGCCCCCCUAUCUUCCCCCCUUACCAACUGCACACUAGUGACAAUACUCGACAAUGACAUUAUCGAGCCAUGUGAAGACUUCAGGGCCAACCUUAGCUCACCCUCUGAGAGAGCGGUGCUCAGUCCAAGCUCACUUAGUAUCAUCAUUCAUGAUGAUGAAGACAUCACCUCCCCUCUGUUGUUGUUCAACAACUCACCUCAAAUCAGUGGGAGCGAUCUGACAGCCUACUACAACUUGACGGGCUGUGCCAGGGUCACUUGUGAGGUCAGGAAUCAACAAGAUUGUUCUCAACCUGUCGGUAGUUUUGAGGGUGUGUGGUUUGGACAGAAUGCGAUCAAUAGGAGGAUACUGCGACAGUUUGCUAUUAUCGUGGAUGCAUACUGUCCCAACCAAAUAGUCCCAGUGUUCGAAGACAGGCCAAUCAGAGGUGAUAAUACUCAGUGCAGUCAGCACUUCACUGACCAACAGUAUGAGUUUGACCCCGUCUCUGGAAAUGUGACUGUGGAGUGGGAGGGAACUGGACCCGAUGUAACUGUUCAAGUUAGCCAGUUUAUGUGCAGGUUACCUAAUACAGACACAUUUUCGUGUGUUAGUCCCCUUGUUAUCACCGGUCUGUCCUCUGGAAGCCACACCCUCUUAGUCACACCAGUGGGAAUCAGUGGGUGUACAAGGAUGGUCACUAGGAGCUUACUCAUAACCAUCUGAACAGUUAUUCAGGACAUUUUAAUGCUGACAUACGUGUGUGCUCCUAUAUUCAUAUAAUGCCUUA